GCGAUUUUCCAGGAGGCCUAUGGGUCGGUUUUCAUCACCACUCUUGUCCUUGGAUUCAGCCCGUCCAUCGAUGGAAACACUACAAUAGAGGUGGAGCUUGUUUUCAAUAACACAGCAUCACCUGAAGUGACCGUUUCAACUGCCGAUGUACUGGAGACCAUGACGACGGCAGCAACCAACACCUCCGCUGGCGGAUUCUCCUUUGAUCCUGAAUCUAUUGUUGUCACAGAAACGCCAACCUCAACGACAGCACCAACAACAACUACGGCAACUCCAGAACCCUCAGUUCCUACUGUGUCUUUCACGGUAGAGGCUACACUAUCAAAGCCUUUCACUGCAGAGUUAACAAACCAAACGACUGCAGAGUUUCAAGAACUGCAAACAACUGUUGUGACAUCUUGCGAUGCGAUCUUCCAGGAGGCCUAUGGGUCGGUUUUCAUCACCACUCUUGUCCUUGGAUUCAGCCCGUCCAUCGAUGGAAACACUACAAUAGAGGUGGAGCUUGUUUUCAAUAACACAGCAUCACCUGAAGUGACCGUUUCAACUGCCGAUGUACUGGAGACCAUGACGACGGCAGCAACCAACACCUCCGCUGGCGGAUUCUCCUUUGAUCCUGAAUCUAUUGUUGUCACAGAAACGCCAACCUCAACGACAGCACCAACAACAACUACGGCAACUCCAGAACCCUCAGUUCCUACUGUGUCUUUCACGGUAGAGGCUACACUAUCAAAGCCUUUCACUGCAGAGUUAACAAACCAAACGACUGCAGAGUUUCAAGAACUGCAAACAACUGUUGUGACAUCUUGCGAUGCGAUCUUCCAGGAGGCCUAUGGGUCGGUUUUCAUCACCACUCUUGUCCUUGGAUUCAGCCCGUCCAUCGAUGGAAACACUACAAUAGAGGUGGAGCUUGUUUUCAAUAACACAGCAUCACCUGAAGUGACCGUUUCAACUGCCGAUGUACUGGAGACCAUGACGACGGCAGCAACCAACACCUCCGCUGGCGGAUUCUCCUUUGAUCCUGAAUCUAUUGUUGUCACAGAAACGCCAACCUCAACGACAGCACCAACAACAACUACGGCAACUCCAGAACCCUCAGUUCCUACUGUGUCUUUCACGGUAGAGGCUACACUAUCAAAGCCUUUCACUGCAGAGUUAACAAACCAAACGACUGCAGAGUUUCAAGAACUGCAAACAACUGUUGUGACAUCUUGCGAUGCGAUCUUCCAGGAGGCCUAUGGGUCGGUUUUCAUCACCACUCUUGUCCUUGGAUUCAGCCCGUCCAUCGAUGGAAACACUACAAUAGAGGUGGAGCUUGUUUUCAAUAACACAGCAUCACCUGAAGUGACCGUUUCAACUGCCGAUGUACUGGAGACCAUGACGACGGCAGCAACCAACACCUCCGCUGGCGGAUUCUCCUUUGAUCCUGAAUCUAUUGUUGUCACAGAAACGCAAAUCCCAACAGCAACUCCGACGACAGCAGCAACAGCAACUACAACUACGCCAACUCCAGCUACAGCACCCUCAGUUCCAACUACAGAUUAUUUUGUCACAGGAACUCUCACACCAAGCUCAACCAAGGCACCCAUCACAAGCACAAUCGUCUCUUCUGUUACACCAACCAUCACAACAGACGUAUCGGUUCCCACCCCAACUGUAAAUGUUGCUCCUGUCACGGUCACAACUGGAGCAUCUUCCACAUCAAGCAGCACCAUGGGUUCCACCCAAACAUCUUCCACAGCAAGCAGCACCAUGGGUUCCACCCAAACAUCUUCCACAGCAAGCAGCACCAUGGGUUCCACCCAAACAUCUUCCACAGCAAGCAGCACCAUGGGUUCCACCCAAACAUCUUCCACAGCAAGCAGCACCAUGGGUUCCACCCAAACAUCUUCCACAGCAAGCAGCACCAUGGGUUCCACCCAAACAUCUUCCACAGCAAGCAGCACCAUGGGUUCCACCCAAACACCUUCCAGCGAAUCCACGACCAGCCUCAUGACGACCACCAGUCCUCCGACCGCACCAUCAGCCCCUGCUCCGACCUUCAGUUUGUCGGUUACGUUAACACAAACUUACGACGAACAAUUAUCAAACCCGAGCAGUCAGCAGUUUAUUGCACUGCAGUUGAUCGUUGUUACAACGUGUAAUGCUAUCUACAGGGCAGAAUAUGGAUUCCUUUUCAUCCGCGUUAUUGUCAUUGGAUUCAGACCUGCCGGAGGUCGACGUAUGGCCAACACUGAAACCGUUUUGGAGCUUGUGUUCAAUAAUACUGCCCCAAGUGAAAGUAUUCCGCCAGCAGAGGAAGUUGCAAAUGUCUUGAGAAAUGCUGCAAUGGACAACUCCACUGAUAGUCUCCAAAUUGAUGCUACCACUAUUGUUGUCGAAAGAGUUGUUACCACUACCACAACGAUUGCCCCAACAACUGCCCAACCACUGACAAUAACUGCCAAACCAACGGCUACAACAGCCCAACCACCUGCUACAAAUGCCCAACUACCGGCCCCAACUCAAACCACAACCACUGCUGCAGUAGCGUUGGCUAACGUCCGAUUUGGAUUCCGUUCUGUCAGAGACACAUUUACAGCAGACCUUUUGAAUCCCUCAUCAGCAGCCUUCCAAAAUCGAGCCACAACCAUCACAUCUGCGCUCGAACCCUUGUUCAGAAGAGCUUUUGGUUCCUUCACUAGCUUGCAAGUGGUAACUUUCAGCCAAGGAUCGAUCAUCACCACCAUGGACGCAAAGUUCAGUUCAGCUCCUUCUAGUGACCAGAUAGCCAGAGUUCUGACCGAUGCCGCAGGAACCAUCACAGCUUUUGACAUUGAAACCAACUCUAUUACUGUUAAUGGUAUAGUGACGGGGGGAGUUUCAAGUGGAAUGAACAAAAGCAGUGCCUUCAUCAUAUCUUCGAUGGCACUUCUCUCAUGGCUACUCGUUUCAAGCUGAUCAUAGGACUUGGGUGUUCACUCAAGACAAACCCAAGACAACACAUAAGAACCAUUUUAACUAAGAAACAUUAUUAACCCUAUUAACCAUGUUAACCACAGAAUUAUAUUAACCAAGAUAAACAAACAAAUGAAUAAUAUAUAUUACUAAAUGAAUUGCUAUUUAAUCACAACAGAGUAUUUCUAAUUAAGAUAUCAUGCACUUUGCUUGUAAACAAAAGACUAUUCUCUUAAAUAAAAAGAUUAAGCUAU